CAUUCCUAAAUUAGGUGCUAAAGGUAGUUAGCAUCUACCAAGUGUAUAUUUUCCCUCUGUGAUUUUAUUGCUGGUUUUCUGGCUUCCUCUAAUGACAUCCCAUCCCUUCUCCUCAGGAAGAGGCAMKAAGCCCAUSACAACAUGWGUCCUGCAGCUGUGCCUGUGGUCCACUGCUGUUGUCACAGGAAAAUCUGGUUACACUCAACAGAUGCAGGGGGCUUCAAGCCUGCCACCUCUGUGUUCCUCCUGCCCAUAGUGAUCUGAUCUUCCCCUAGGCAAUGGCGAGGAGAGGGCAGCGCCAUGAAUAGAUACACCACUCUCAGGCAGCUCGGGGAUGGCACCUACGGCUCAGUCAUCCUCGGCCGCAGCCUGGAAUCAGGGGAACUAGUCGCCAUUAAGAAAAUGAAGAGAAAGUUCUACUCAUGGGAAGAAUGCAUGAAUCUUCGUGAGGUCAUAUCCUUGAAGAAACUCAACCAUGCGAAUGUGGUCAAACUCAAGGAGGUUAUAAGGGAAAAUGACCACUUGUACUUUGUGUUUGAAUACAUGAAGGAGAACUUGUAUCAACUAAUGAAAGACAGGUCUCGGCUGUUCCCUGAAUCUGCUGUGCGAAAUAUUAUGUUCCAGAUACUGCAGGGAUUAGCAUUUAUUCAUAAGCAUGGAUUCUUUCACAGGGAUAUGAAACCUGAGAACCUUCUGUGCAUGGGACCAGAGCUGGUGAAAAUAGCUGACUUUGGGCUUGCCCGUGAGAUAAGAUCUCGGCCGCCGUACACAGACUAUGUUUCAACAAGAUGGUACAGAGCUCCAGAGGUGCUGCUGAGGUCCACCACCUACAGCUCUCCUAUAGACCAGUGGGCCGUUGGCUGCAUUAUGGCAGAGCUCUACACCCUCAGGCCUCUGUUCCCAGGCUCCAGUGAAGUGGACACCAUCUUCAAAAUUUGCCAAGUCUUGGGAACUCCAAAGAAGAAUGACUGGCCAGAGGGCUUCCAGUUGUCGGUAGCCAUGAAUUUCCGCUGGCCUCAAUGUGUCCCCAGUAAUCUGAGGAGUCUGAUCCCUAACGCCAGUACUGAGGCCAUCCACCUCAUGAGAGACCUACUCCAGUGGGACCCUAAGAAGAGGCCAGCCUCUGCACAGGCCCUCAGGUACUCGUACUUCUAUGUGGGUCAGGCGUUGGGUACUCCUCAGCAGAUCCUGGAGCAGGGCAGGCCUCAGCCUGGUCCUCUACCUCCACAAUCAUCACAGCAGCAUCAACCACUGCUGCUCAAACCAGUGCCCCCUCCCCAGUCAGUGCCCCCAAAUCCACAUUUCACCUCGUCCAGGCCCCUGCAACAGAUCGAACGAGCCCCUACCCUGGUUCCAUUAUACCAGAGGCACACAGAGCUGCUGCGAGAGCAGCCCAACCGCAUUGUGAAGCAGGAGGAGACUGCAAGAGUCCCAAAGACCCGUUUACCUUACAUUGUUGAUAAGAGCUUGCCGAGCCAGUUGACCCAGGAGGCUGAAAAUGCCAACUUAAGCUAUCAGGUGAAACCUAAGGGUGGAGGACGCCGGCGAUGGGGCCACGGCUCAGGCCUUUUAAAGGGUGACGGCUGGGAUGACUUUGAGGACACAGAGUUGACCUCUCUAAAUGCUCUGUGCAAAACAAACUUUCCUACUGAAAAACGAAGAGAGGAGACGUUGAGMAGGUACGGAAAUGUUUUGGAUUUCAGCAACCCCAAAGUUAAGGGGCAGGUGUCGACAGGUGACAAUGCACCUUUGAAUCUGAACAAGGCCAUGUCCUACCAGGAGCCUUUGAGGACAGCCUCUGCCAAACAGCAUUACUUGAAGCAGUCAAGAUAUCUACCAGGUUUAAGUACCAAAAAKAAUAUGGCAAUAAAUUCCAACAAAGACUACAGUGAAAGCAACCUCUGGGGCAGCAGCAGUAUUCCUGUAGGAGGGACGUUUCCUAGCAGAAACACUCAUGGUUCAAAUACACUUCCAAGUGGAUAUGUACCAUCCUAUUUCAAAAAAGAGGUUGACUCUGCCGGCCAAAGAGUGCAACUUGGACCUAUAGGGGACUCAACAGCAUCAAAUUAUGCAACCUGGAGGUCGUCAAGCAGAAGUCAGAUGGGUGCCUCAUCCUAUGUGCCGUCACCCACCAAGACUACACCUGGCCUACGGUCUCGCCCCCCAGUACAGGCCAUCCAUGGGCGCACAGACUGGUCUGCCAAAUAUGGACACCGCUAGUGGCCUCUUUGGGGCACUUGUGUUAUGGCCUGGUACAGAUGUCUGUAUUCCUGAUUUCUCUUUUCCCUAUAAAAGGAAAACAUCAGUUUUUCAUAUCAAAGUAUGUAUGUGUUAUACAGCAAUAACCUUGGUUUUGUAUUAUUCUGUGUAUAUAUUGUUCAAUGUACAACCUUUUCAAUGUAUGUGUAUUAUAUGGCUAAAUGCACUCAGCAAAAAGUUGGUGUUAUCACAUGCAAUAGAUSUAUUUUUUAAUUUUGUUCGUGACAAAUUCCCUACCAGGUUUGUUUAUUGCAUAGCUUUCUCACCCCCUUUGUUGCYUUUGUAGAAUGUUUGUUCCAUAGAUUUUGUAAAACGCCUCCAUGAUGUUUAAAUUACCUAUCCAGUCUUUAUGCAUUUUAUAUUGCAAAUAUCACUGUGAUAUUUUGGCUGAGCCCUGUUUUUAUGUUGCCGAUUUGUCUUGUUUUUUUGUUCGRAUAUAUUUUUCUUGGUGCUUUCUUUCAUGAGACAUUCUGUAAUGCAAUACAGGAAAACACUUGUAUUUGAUGCAUUCUUUUAGAUUUUAUUCAUUGUUUAAAAAAAWUWUUUAAAACAACUCUGUGCAUAUUUCAAGCAGAAUUGCUAACACUAGCAUUAAUAUGAUCUUUGUAUUGAAUUACAUGGCUCUUUUUUUAUUGAGAGAGAAACCAAGUCAACAGUAGGGCCUAUCUGCUGGGCCAAAUUCUACAAACAUAUAACUGCCAGUUACCAAAUGCCAUUGCAAAAUGUUUAUUUAUGUGGUAUUGUAAUGACACAUUAUUUUCUUGAUAACUGUUUUUGGACAAGCUGUAAGGUCAUGUCUUUGACAUCAAUUCUGUUUUGGUUUUAUAUUCAAUAAACUCAUUGGUGGAUAGACUCUAA